UGACACUGUGUUUAGAGUUACUCUUGUUGGAUUAAAGACUAUAUAACCUUUCAUCUUCGUCGUACACAGUGUAGCUACGACUCUCACAGACUUACUGUAGAUAGAGUCUGGGAAGCUGCUGCGCUGAAGUGAAGCAGUUUCUCUUUGCAUUCUGUUGUGAUCAGAGAGAUAUGAGUGUUUAUAAGAAAUAAACCGAAAGAGCCGACAUGAGAAGAGAGACGAGGAGCUGACGGCCAGCACUGAGACUGAGACUGAAAGUGAGAUGGAGGUGCGGAUCCCAGUGGAGCCGGAGCUCAGUAACUCUGAGUCUGAGGAAGGGUCAGGUCUGUCUGAGUCUGAGUUCACCUGUCACUGCUGCUACCAGGUUCUGGUGGACCCCACCACGCUCACCUGUGGACACAGCUUCUGCAGACACUGUCUGGCCAACUGGUGGGCCUCCGCUCUGCCCAGGGUCCGCAGAGACUGCCCAGAAUGCCGAGCGGUGUGGACCGGCUUUCCCAAAGUCAACAUCCUGCUCCGGGAUGCGGUGGAGAAGCUGUUUCCCGCUGAAGUGAGGCGACGGAAGCAGGCCAUCCUGAGUGAUCCGCAGUUCUGUCGUGUUCUCCAGAUGUUCCAGCAGCAGGGGAAGAGGCAGGCCCCUCGCGCAGCUCCGCCACAGAACCCACCACAGUUUAAUAUACUGAACCAACCACUGUUUAAUAUGUUGAAUCAGCCACAGUUUGAUAUGUUGAAUGCUCCGGAGUUGAACAUCAGAGAGUUUUGCUCUGGAAUGAGUAUAGUGCUGUGCUGAAUGGCUGUGAGUGACACACACACACACACACACACACACACUGAGGAUGAGUUGUUGCACUGCAUCAUCACUGUGUGUGUGUGUGUGUGUGUGUAGAUGGUGGUGUUAAUGUGGCGUGUGUUCAGUACGGACUCCAGUCACGAGGUGCUGCUCAGUAAACCUCUCAGCAGGUGGAACGCUGAUGAUGUCACUCUGUGGGUGGAGCAUCUGAGCGUCUGGACCAAUCAGUAUAAAGAAACCUUCCUCAGGGAACAGAUCAACGGCAGGUUACUGUUCGCUCUCAGUGAUGACGAUCUGUCUUCGGCUCCGUUCAACAUCAGGAACGAGUCUCACAGACAGAUCAUCCUGGAGGAGCUGCACAGACUCAGACAGCGCCGGGUCUCACUCAACCUCUGGCAGUACAAGGAUCUGAAUUUAGGGAAGACUCUGUUUCUGCUGUUGAUGCGCAGAUUUCCUCGUCUGACGCUGCUCUGUCUGUUCCUGUUUGAUUAUGAAGACACGUUCCUGCCCUUCAUUCACACCAGCUGCCCUGCACAAGGCACCCAGGACAGCCUGCUGGACACGCCGCUGGAUUGGCCGGGCUGGAGUCAGUGGGCGGAGUUCCUGCUGAUGUACUUCCUGCUGCCCUAUCAGCUGCUGUCUGCGUUCGCCUGGCACUGGAUGAGCGCUCAUUACUGGACGGCACGCGUGGUCAUGCUACACGCUGUGCUACUGUCCACGCUGGAUGUGCACUUCUUCUGGACGCUGUUGAAGAGAGGACAGAUGAGGACGCUCCCUCAGCGUGUUGGCAGGAGGUGUUAAGAGUGAUAAUGGAGGAGUCUCUGUUUGUGCUGCUGUGGUCUAUGAUUCCUCUGUUCUUCUGUAACUGUCUGUUCUACUACAAUCUGUUCAUCUGCCCCUUCAACACUGCAGCGCUGGUCAAACGAACACUGCUGCAGACAGACACACAGCAGCAGAGGAUCUGACACACUCACACACACACUCACACACACACACACACACACUCACACACACACACACACACACACACACACACACACACACACACGCAC